CUUGCAGAAAAAAUUCGAGUUUGAUUCCUUGGAAUUGAAAACAAAAAUCCAAUAAACAAGCGGGAUCUUCAAUUUUGAAAUCUCUCUAUCCAGAUCCAUCUCCGUCACAAUCUUCCUCUUUCCGUCACCGGAGCCGGCGAAGUUACUCUUCGUGAUUUCAGAUCUGUUCGUAUACUACUUCUUCAUCAUCUCGCUUGUGUUCGUUCAUUGAAUUAUUCAAUUCGCUCUAUUGAUUGAGUUCUCGCUUGAUUUGAGUAACCUAGGUGUUUCGGUACGUUUCUGUUCUGAAUGUUUUGGGUUUGAGGAAAAAGACGCGAAGCAUGAGUGGUAAAUUGGGAAGUUUCGUGAAGAUUUGAGGGAUUGGGUUUAGGUAUUGUAGUUGUAGAGAGAAUGCAGAGUUUAUCGAGUUCAGCUCCGACACCGGAGGCGAUAUUAGAAUGGUUACAGAAGGAAAUGGGGUAUAGGCAAUUAGGGCCGUAUAAUGGAUCAAGUAAAUCUCAUGUUCCUUCCAUUGAUGCUAUUAGGAAGAUUUGUAGAGGGAAUAUGAUACCUGUUUGGAAUUUUUUAAUAAACCGGGUGAAAUCGGAAAAGACAGUGGAGAGAAUCAGGCGGAAUAUUACGGUUCAUGGAGGAAGUAGUAAUGCUGCUAGUGUUGGGAGUUCUGUGAAUCCUGGGAAGGAGGAGAACAAGGCCAAAGGAAGACGGAAGGAAAAGGCAGUGACUGGGGAAAGUUAUGCAGAGGGUAGAGAAGCUGCUUUGCAGGAAAGGGAAAUAGCUGCAAAAGAAGUGGAGAGAUUGAGGAACAUAGUGAGGAGGCAAAGAAAAGACUUGAAAGCUAGAAUGUUGGAGGUCUCUAGGGAAGAAGCAGAACGGAAGAGGAUGCUUGAUGAAAGAUCAAAUUACAGACAUAAGCAAGCAUUGUUGGAAACUUAUGAUCAACAAUGCGACGAAGCAACAAGAAUAUUUGCAGAGUAUCACAAAAGGUUACAAGUCUAUGUUAAUCAAGCAAAUGAUGCACAACGGUCUGUCAAUUCGUCAAAUGAAGUGUCAAGUAGCCUCAGUGCUAACAGUGAGAGGGAAGCUGUUUAUUCCACUGUCAAAGGAUCUAAGUCUGCAGAUGAUGUCAUUCUCAUGGAAACAACCCGAGAGCGAAAUAUCAGGAUAGUUUGUGAUUUGCUUGCAUCACACAUGAUUGAAAGAAUUCGUAACUCUUUCCCUGCAUACGAAGGAAAUGGAAUUUGCUCACAGCCUGAGCUGGAAACAGCCAAGCUCGGUUUUGAAUAUGAUGGAGAAAUAACUGAUGAGAUGAAAACUGUUAUAGUAAAUUCCCUGAGGGGUCCUCCUCUGCUGCUUCAGGCUAUCGCUGCAUACACUCUACGUAUUAAGACCCUGAUAUCCAGAGAGAUGGAGAAGAUUGAUGUCAGAGCAGAUGCUGAAAUGUUAAGGUAUAAGUUUGAGAAUAACCGGGUAACAGACAAUUCUUCUUCUGAUGUGAGCUCGCCUUUGAGUUAUCAGUUUAAUGGUAAUGGGAAGAUAGGCACAGACACACAUUUCCAAGGAUCUAACAAUCAGCUCCUUGAACGGCAGAAAGCGCAUGUUCAACAAUUUUUGGCUACGGAAGAUGCACUAAACAAAGCGGCUGAAGCUCGUGAUUUAUGCCACAAAUUUAUUAACCGUUUGCAUGGAGGUGCUGAUGCAGCAUCACAUUCGUUUUCUGGAGGCACAACACAGAGUGGUAGCAAUCUUAGGCAAUUUGAGUUGGAUGUAUGGGGAAAGGAAAGAGAAGCUGCUGGUUUGAGGGCUAGCUUAAACACACUGUUAUCUGAAAUACAACGGCUGAAUAAAUUAUGUGCAGAGAGAAAAGAAGCUGAAGAUUCCUUGAAAAAGAAGUGGAAGAAAAUUGAGGAAUUUGAUGCGCGCAGAUCCGAACUUGAAACCAUAUAUACAACUCUUCUCAAGGCCAACAUGGAUGCUGUUGCAUUCUGGAAUCAGCAACCACUCGCUGCAAGGGAAUAUGCAUCAGCAACUGUAAUUCCAGCUAGUGAAGUUGUUGUGGACAUUUCAAACAGCGCAAAAGAUUUCAUUGAGAAAGAAGUGUCUGCUUUCUUUCAGAGUCCUGAUAAUUCUCUCUAUAUGCUUCCGGCUACUCCACAGGGACUUCUAGAGUCUAUGGGAGCUAAUGGAUCAACAGGACCUGAAGCAGUUGCCUAUGCAGAGAAGAAUGCUGCUCUAUUAACUGCAAGAGCUGGUGCAAGAGAUCCAUCAGCAAUUCCAUCUAUAUGUCGCAUUUCUGCUGCCCUUCAAUAUCCUGCAGGUAUGGAGGGUUCAGAUGCAAGCUUGGCCUCAGUUUUAGAGUCUCUUGAGUUCUGCUUAAGAGUUCGUGGUUCUGAAGCAUGUGUUUUAGAAGAUUUAGCAAAGGCAAUCGAUUUGGUCCAUAUACGGCAGGAUCUAGUAGAAAGUGGCCAUUCUCUGUUAGAUCAUGCUUUCCAAGCCCAGCAAAAAUAUGAAAGAACAACUAACUACUGCCUAGAUCUAGCUUCUGAGCAAGAGAAUAUAAUAUCGGACCAAUGGUUGCCUGAACUUAGAACUGCGGUCCAGAAUGCUCAAGCUUCCUCUGAGCACUGCAAAUACGUCAGGGGAUUGCUUGAUGAAUGGUGGGAACAGCCUGCAGCAACAGUUGUGGAUUGGGUAACUGUAGAUGGUCAAAGUGUUGCAGCUUGGCAAAACCAUGUCAAACAGCUUCUUGCCUUUUACGAUAAAGAAUCAUUACGAACGUAGAAAAAAUAAAACCAUGGUGCCUCUCUCAGUUCUCUUUAUACACACUGGUGAAUCUGAUCUUCAACAACAAUGUUUGCAAAGUGGGAAAACUCGAUUGUGCAGUUUGUAAAGAAAAUGGUAACUCUUCUUCUCUGUUAACAACCGUUUCUCCUUGUGUGUGUCGUUAUAGUUCCCCAGGUUUUAUUUUUACAUCAUUGCGGGAAACUCAUGUCUUUCGCCAUCCGUGUUUUGUGGGUUUUUUAUAAGUAUUUCCGUGUUUUCUGAUUCUCUUAAUCAGUCAUGUAUCACGAGCUUUGUGUUUCCAUACAUUCUUAGCUAAUAUGAAUCAGGUUUCUGCAA